AAAAUAAUGCACACCUUCUAACCAAUCAGAUUCAAGGAUUCAACUGCACUGUGGUAUGAGAACAUAUAAUAAAUACAAAAUGUGGGCCUAAUAUGUUAUUCCUUCAUUUGGUAUAAAUGGUAUGGUAAUUAUUCGAAUGUAGUGUAUCACGCCCAGGAAAUGUAAAGAAGAGUGAAACGUGUGACAACAUACCCCGCUCUCCCCUGCUUCUGCUUCUUCUUCUUCUUCUUCUUCUUCUUCUUCUUCUUCUUCUUCUACUUCUUCUACUUCUUCUUAUUAUUAUCAUCUCAUAGCUGAUUGGUUUGUCACUUCAACCGCUUUAUUUACUAAAGUAAUUUUCUCCAUAAUAACUUUAUGAAACGACUCCCGUUGGGGAAAACAAAUAAAUAAAUAAUAGAGUGGAGUGCGUUUAUGUCUUAUUAUAUUAUUUUAUUACCGAAAAGCACGAGUGCGCGCGCGUGUGUGGGUGUGCGCGUGUGUGGGUGUGUGUGCGUGUGUGCGCGCGCGUGUGUGGGUGUGUGUGUGCGCGCGUGGGUGUGUGUGUGUGUGAGUGUGUGUGUGUGUGCGUGUUUGCACACGCGUGUGUGUGUGUGCGUGUGUGUGUGUGUGUGCGUGUGUGGGUGUGUGUGAGUGUUUGUGUGUGUGUGUGCGCGCGCGCGCGCGCGUGUGUGUGUAGCCCGAGCGAGGUGUUCAGAGUCAUUCAGUCACUUUAGUGGUUUGGUGUCAGCACUUUCCUCCUGAACAUGCUGCAUUCAGGGCUCAUGGCAUGGAGCUUAGAGAAGACUGUGUGUGAAGCUGAGACGCGCAGAAGGUGUGUGUGAAGCUGAGACGCGCAGAAGGUGUGUGUGAAGCUGAGGUUUGAGUGGAACUCUGUGCACACAGCCAUCAUGAGCUCGGUCAGUCACCGCGCCGGAUAUUCCUUCUGCUCGGAUAUUCUUCUUCCAGCGGUGCCGUGUCUCCUCGUGUUCAUGACCACAAUCAGAGCAGGGCUUGGUAGCACAUGGUUAACAUCUGAGAUCUGCCCACUUGGCCACUUCCCGUGUGGAAAUAUGAGUGUGUGUCUGCCCCAGGUGCUGCACUGUAACGGCCAAGAAAACUGUCCUAACGGAGCCGACGAGGAGCACUGUGGAGAUAACAGUGGCUGGGCCAAUUUUUUCGACAGGACAAUUCAAAUAUCUGUCCCACGUGUUCGGUCCACAGACUGCUUUCUGCAGCAGUACCCAGAUCGCUGUCAGUGCAUUGAGCUGGAGCUCCAGUGUGUGCGCAUCGGUUUGAAUUCCGUGCCGCAUGUGUCAGCCAAUGUGACAUCCCUGUCUCUGAAGAGCAAUGAGAUUCAUGUGUUACCAGAACAUGCUUUUAGUAGAUACACAGAACUUCGAAGACUAUUUCUUCAGGAUAACUGCAUAAGCUAUGUAUCUGAUCGGGCUUUUAAUGGAUUAUUCAAAUUGCAGAAACUGUCUUUGAGCCAAAACUGCAUCACUUUAUUAAAACAUGGAGUCUUUGCAGAUCUCCACCAACUCAAAUGGCUAAUUCUGGAUGACAAUCCUGUGAAAACCAUCACUGUGAACACAUUCACUGGUCUGAGGUCUCUCUUCUUCCUGUCGAUGGUGAACACCUCGCUCGAAAGGCUUCCUUCAUCCAGGCUCUGCAAACACAUGCCCUUUCUCAAUUGGCUGGACUUUGAAGGGAAUUGCAUUCAGAGGCUGAACUCCUCCACCUUGCUGUUCUGUGAUGACCUCACUGUGCUAUCACUGCGAGCGAAUCACAUCAAGAGGCUUCCGGAAAACACUUUUCAAUCGCUACGUGUGUUGGGAGAGCUGGACCUUUCCAGAAACCAAAUUAAAGAGCUGCCAUUGAACGUCUUCAAGGGUCUGCAGUCUUUACAGAUAUUGAAUAUUUCCAAAAACCCACUGAGCCUCAUCCACCUGAACCAGUUUGAUCAUCUCACGCAACUCCAGUCUCUGAGCCUGGAAGGAGUGGAGAUCCCAGACAUCCAGACCCGCAUGUUCCAGUCAAUGAAGAACCUCUCCUACAUAUACUUUAAGAAAUUCCAGUACUGCUCCUACGCUCCGCAUGUCCGGAAAUGCAAGCCCAACUCAGACGGCCUGUCGUCUUUUGAAGACCUGCUGGCGAGUGUAAUCCUUCGUGUCUCCGUCUGGGUCAUGGCCUUCGUCACCUGCUUUGGGAACCUCUUCGUCAUUGGCAUGCGCACGCUCAUCCGGGCAGAGAACAACCUGCAUGCCAUCUGCAUCAAGGUUUUGUGUUGUGCAGACUGCCUGAUGGGCAUUUACCUUUUCUUUGUGGGCAUCUUUGAUGUAAAGUUCCGUGGAGAGUACAACAAGAACGCCCAUGUGUGGAUGGAAAGCCUUGAAUGUCGCACCAUCGGCUUUAUGGCUAUGCUGUCCUCCGAGGUGUCUGUCAUGCUCCUCACCUACCUGACCCUGGAGAAGUUUCUGGUCAUCGUCUUCCCACUGAGUCACCUAAGGCCGGGGAAAAAUCAAACGUUCAUCAUUUUGGCUGUGAUCUGGCUCAUAGGUAUCACAAUUGCCGCUGUGCCUCUGCUCAACGAUGAGCUCUUCGGGAACUACUAUGGACGAAACGGCGUCUGCUUCCCUCUGCACUCUGAACGUGUGGAGAAACCUACAGCAAAGGGAUAUUCCACCGGCAUAUUUCUGGGACUCAACCUAGUAGCCUUCCUCAUCAUCGUCAUCUCUUACUCCAGCAUGUUCUACUCCAUCUACAAGACGGGCAUUAAUGCCACAGACCUGCGCAGCCGGCUGCACAAGGACGUGGCAGUAGCCAACCGCUUCUUUUUCAUCGUGUUCUCCGAUGCCCUCUGCUGGAUCCCCAUAUUCCUGGUCAAAAUUCUCUCACUGCUUGAGGUGGAGAUUCCAGGAACCAUCACAUCUUGGGUGGUAAUAUUCAUCCUUCCUAUCAACAGUGCCUUGAACCCCAUCCUGUACACCCUGACUACCAGCUUCUUCCGAGAGCAGGUGGAGCUGAUGCUGUGCCAGUGGCAAAGGCGCUCCACCCUCAAAAAGGAGCGUAAGUGCUUGUCCAGCUCAGUCAUCGACACUGAAAAGUCACGACGCCCCUACUGCACACGCGACUUCGUGCCACGGACAUCCAUCUUAAACUUUAAGGGCAGUUUCAGAUGAAUAUAUAUUCUAUGAGUUCAUAAACUGAUGGAAAAGAGGUUUGGUUCCCCAAGUGGAGCUUGGAGAUGUGCUGAUACUGUGCCUUGGCUUGGUUCUGCUUGACGUCGAUUUGUAUGUUGAUCCAAGAAAUGGUCUGCACUUAUAUAGCGCUUUUUAACCUUAGCAGUUCUACAAAGCGCUUUACACUGUUUCGCAUUCACCCGUUCGCACACACACACUCACACAGCAAUGGCAGCAGAGCUACCAUGCAAGGUGCUAGCCUGCCAUUUGGAGCAAAUUGAGGUUCAGUGUCUUGCCCAAGGACAUUUCGGCAUGCGGUGUCAUGUGGUCCGGGGAUCGAACCGCCAACCCUGUGAUUAGUGGACAACCCGAGCCACAGCCGCCCAGCAGUGGAUACGUACACAUAAAACCCGAGGCAACCUCAGUACGAGCAAAGAAUGGGACUUGUACUGGACAUACCACAACUUUACUAGACAUGAAAUUCAUGUACACAAAAUAUAUUUGACAGAACUUUGAUCGUUACCAAGCAACUAGCAUCUUACCGAGUAAUUAAAUGGACGGCUUUCUCCAAAAGACAUGCAGUUAAGCUGUUUUUUUCUACUGAUACCUCAUGCAAGUUUCUCAUAAGCGUUAGGAAAAGGCUACUAUGAAAUGUAUAACUUUAUUUAAAUGUUCAUAAAAUAGCAUAACGCAUUAUGAACGCCCAGUUCAUAACGCUGACACAAAGUCACAGUUGCAGGUGUCCUAAAUCAUGCUUGUUAUUUAACAAAUAAUUGAUGUAUCAUUAUUUCAGUAUACUCAUUAUUUUGACUGAGUAACACAGUCUUAAGAGUUAUUCUCUCAACAUAUUUCGACAUAUUAUCUUGAAAUAAAUCAGUUGUUAUUCAGUUGAAAUAACGGCAUAGCACUUUUUUUUUUUUUUUACGCAGCUUGCAUGUAAUUUUUAAAGAAUAAUUUGAACAGAAUUAAUAAAGAUUUAUGUAUUGUGCAAAACUGUCACAUCCGCAUUGAUUAUGUUCCCAUUGGCCUACCAUAUUCUGACCCCGCCGCCUUUUUUUAUGCUUCAGUUUCCAUAUAUGGUCAUUGUUUCUUGUUCUCAUUACUUUGUUGCCAAGGUUGUUAAUUACUUUCACCUUCCGCUUGCUAGAACGGUCUAAUUAGUCUAUUUAAACCCUCCUGUUCCUCUUGAGUUUGUGAGGUCCUGCAUGAGCACAGCUGUAUUACUAAGCACUGGUCUUUAGGCCUGUUGCUAGUCUUUGGAUUUUUUUUCCCCCUCUUGAUACCACAGAACCAGGAGUUUGUAAGGAAGUCAUGCUGGCUGCUGGCUGCUGGCUGCUGGUUUCUGGGUUACUCUGCUGUGUCGUUGCUAAACUGGGUUGGAUUCCUGUCUGGUGGACGGACUCCAUUUUCUGCAUUAACCCUAGUAAAUGUGCUUUUAGUAGGUAUUUGCAUCUUGUGUCCUGCAACUGUCCUCUCUUACGCUGCAUGGUAAAGAGUCUAUUUAGAUAUCUUGUGUUUGUAUUAAAUAAUAAUAUAUUUAUGAAUCUGAAAAACUUUGACCCUGCCCAUAAUCUCUUAAAAGUACAACGCUGAAGAAUAUACUGUACAUUUCAGAAAUCCCUUUUAGUAACUUUGAAGCUUUUUAUUAUUAUUAUUAUUUUUCUUCCCAUUGUUCUGUAAUGUAUUUUUAUAAUGUUGAGUUACAUGGAUUUUUAUGUUGCAUGUUUUGUUGCUUAUUUAUAUAUGUAACAAGUUAUAUAUAAUUAUGUAUAUAUAAUUAUAUGUAUAUAAAUGUUAUAUAUAAUUAUGUUGUCUCGAUAAGCAAUUUUAUUCAUCCCUGUAAUGAAAUCAGCUCCAAAUACUUUUUUUUUUUUUUUUUUUUUAAUCAGUUUUUUUUUUUAUUUCAUUGCAUCUUGUUUUCUAAUAAUAUUAAAGUAUUUCUGUUACAAUAAAAUUUUAAAACAUACAUGUAUAAAUACAUCAGCUGUCAGGGUUACUGAAAAAUACCUUCAUCAGAAACGAGUUAGCAUCUGCAUUCUGCACAGGUAGUGGAGAUUGGAGUGAAGGCCCUUUCAGGGAAACACAGCAGACACUUAACUGUCAAAAAGAGUCAGUCUCCCCAGACUGUAAUGGUCUCAUUCUGCCAUGGUUUCUUGCAUUCUCCUGCAUGAGAUGUUUCAUGGGCGCUAGAAAAUUCCAUCGUACUGUUUAUUCUUGGCAACCAGGGAUGCACUCUUAGAAAAAAGGCUUCCAUCUAGCAUUCAAGGAAUGAACUGGAUGUAGUAUCUUCCUAGUGCAAGGAACAGUGUACGUGCUGGUUGGAGUCAAGCAGCUUUCUUAAGAUUCUAGGUACAAAGAGAAGAAUUAUUAAAGGAAACGUUCACAUUGAAAGACGUUAAAUGUGCUUGUAUUGAAAUGUUUGUGAUGUGCUUGAUGAUCCUGGUGCUAAUUUGUUGGUGAUGCAUUUUCAUUAUACUUGUGAGAAGUUAGCGGUUGUCUGACGUCACAAGGAUGCAUUGCUAACACAGUUACGACGGAGUUCGAUAAAAGAACGAAUUUAAACUAUCUCAAACAUAAUAUGUAACGGUCUGAUUUUAAGGUUAGCUCCUAAAUAGCGAAGAGCAAGACCUUUAAUGAUCCAUCACAGCAGUUUUGCAGUCAAGUUUGCACAAGCAUGGAUGAAAAAGCUUUUGAUAAACAUUUGAUAAGUGCUUUUAAUUCUAGGUUAAAAUCAUAGCUGUUUGCUUUUGGGUCUGACUGAGCCCUUCUUUCUUUUAAUCUUACAUCAUUUUUCCCCACCUCCCUAUUAAUCUAAUCUCUUUAUGCAGUGCCAUCAUCAGUGUCAUCGUCAUCAUCAUCAUUAUUACUAUUAUUAUUAUUAUUAUUAUUCCUACUACCACUAGUCUUUUGAAUUACAGCACUUGAUGAAAGUUUGAAUGUUUUUAAAAUGUUCUGUGUAAAUAAAUUUGGCUUGACUGUGGGUUUAAAAAGCAGGGAUGUGUCUUAUGAAUAUGGAGGACGAAAAAAUUACUUAAUUAUAAGUAAAUAAAUGAAUGCAGGAAUGAAUAAAUUAAGAAAGAAAAAAAAAUUGCCAAAAUAAAUGUUGGUUGUUGUAUGGAAAUGUAGAAAUAAAUUCAAGGCAUUCAUUUAAUUAUGCCCUUUUUCAUGACCAAAAUGAAUGAGUUAAUGUAUUUAUUCACACAUUUAUUUGUUUGUUUAUACUUCACGUACGUCAGUUUUCGUCCCCCAUUUGGGAACGAGUCAGUUCUUUGAUUCGGCUCUUUUAGUUGCCUCUUUGAUUCAGCUCUUUGAGUCGGCUCUUUGAUUCAGCUCUUUCAGUCGGCUCUUUUAGUUGC